AUGACUUCUCAUGAGGCUAUUGAAGUUGCAGAAUCAUCGGAUCCGAUUCACGGCUCUUCUUUGCGGCGUAAUCCUUUGCAUAUUAUUCACUCACCUGUCAAAGAGAGAAUAUUAUAUAUAAAAAAGAAUGCGUCCAUAUCAGAGCUAAGUGGCAGUCUGGGAGACAUGGGCACCUUACUUCCAAUCUUAAUAUCACUCUCAGUUACCGGACAAGUUUCUUUGACUGCAUCGCUUAU